UUCACACUGUGACAUUCACUGAAACUUCUGACACACUGGUCUCACGCUCGUUCUCUCUCUCUCUCUCAAUGGGGGAAGGACAUUCACAAUUAGAAUGAAUCCCAACCCCAUCCUUGAGGAGUUUCUCAUCAAACGUUCGCAGCAAAAACGAAGGACUUCACCUUCUAACUACAAGGAACGAUAUUUCAUUCUGACCAAGUCCAGGCUGGCCUACUACGAGUGUCGAACAGGGAAAAAGCUCAUCAUGAAAGGAUCAAUCGACAUCUCCAAAAUCAAAUGUGUGGAGAUUGUGUUGAGUGACAUCAGCUUCUCCUGCAGCUACAAGUACCCAUUCCAGGUUGUUCACGAGAAUUAUUUUCUGUACGUGUUCGCACCAAGUAAAGAGAGUCGACAAAAAUGGGUGAGCGCCCUCAAAGAAGAAACUAAGAACAACAAUAUUCUGAUCCCCAAAUACCACCCGAACUUCUGGACUGAGGGCCACUGGAGAUGUUGUGCCCAGCUGGAUAAGUUGGCUAUGGGGUGCCUGUUAUAUGAUCCUAACAGGGACUCCAAGAAACCUCUUCCCCCCACUCCAGAACUUAACAAGUGGAAACCUUUACCACCAGAGCCAGUGGACCUGGAGACCGAACUGGAAUUGGAGCCUAUGGUGGCAGUAGCUCUGUAUGACUUCCAUGGCCAAAGUGCACAGGACCUGUCGCUGGUGAAGAGCGAGGAGUAUGUAAUCAUCGAGAAGAUUGACACAAACUGGUGGCAUGCACGUGAUAAAAAUGGAAUAACCGGGUAUAUUCCCAGCAGCUAUGUGGUGGAAAAGAGCCCAGAGAAUCUACAGGCCUACGAAUGGUACAACAAGAACAUCACCCGAAACAAGGCAGAGCAGCUGCUUCAGAAGGAGGGUAAACAAGGAGCUUUCAUGGUGAGAGACUCAAGACAGGCUGGGAUGUACACAGUCUCGGUAUUCACCAAAGCCACCAGCGAGAGUGGUCCAGGGGUCAAGCAUUACCACAUCAAAGAAAUCGAUGAUACUCUCAAACGCUACUACCUGGCGGAAAAACACGUCUUUGACUCCAUUCCAGAACUUAUCACCUAUCACCAACACAAUGCAGCAGGUUUGGUUACCCGGUUGAGAUACCCAGUGUCUUCAUGGAGAGAAACAGCUCCCUCAACAGCUGGUUUCAGUUACGGGACCUGGGAGAUCGCAGCCACCUCACUGACCUUUAUUGAGGAGGUAGGCAGUGGUCAGUUUGGCAUCGUGCACAUGGGUUACUGGAAAAACAAGUACCAAGUGGCCAUCAAAAUGAUACGUGAAGGAGCCAUGUCUGAGGAAGACUUUAUCGAGGAGGCUCAAAUCAUGAUGAAGCUCUCUCAUGAGAAGCUCGUGCAGUUAUAUGGCAUCUGUACACAGGGUGGCCCUAUCUACCUGGUCUUUGAGUAUAUGAAGUAUGGCAGUCUGUCAGAGUACCUCAGGAUCAAUCGUGGGACUUUCAGCAAGGAAACCCUCCUGGGCAUGUGCCAAGAUGUGAGUGAGGGGAUGACGUAUCUGGAGAGCAACAAAUUCAUCCAUCGGGACUUGGCAGCAAGGAACUGUUUGGUAGGAGACUCGCUCUCAGUUAAAGUAUCGGAUUUUGGAAUGACAAGGUUUGUCCUUGAUGACCAGUACACCAGCUCCUCAGGCUCAAAGUUCCCAGUCAAGUGGUCAGCUCCUGAAGUUUUCCGAUACUCCAAGUUCAGCAGCAAGUCUGACGUCUGGUCAUUUGGGGUGCUGAUGUGGGAGGUGUUCUCCGAGGGAAAGAUGCCAUAUGAAAAUCGUUUAAACUCCGAAGUAGUUGAAGAACUCACAGCUGGAUUUCGUCUUCAUAAACCAAAACUGGCUUCUCCAUUAAUUUACAAAAUCAUGAGCGGCUGCUGGCUAGAGAGACCUGAGGAGAGGCCUUCGUUUUUUGAGCUUCGGAAUGAAUUAAGCGAGCUUUCCGAAUGUGGAGAAUUGUGAACACACAUUGGGACGGUGCAUCUUUCAAAAAGAACAAUCCAGUGUGGAACAUGAGAACGCUUUGAAUACAGCACAUUGUUUAUUAAAUAUUUAUUUAUUACUGUUGGAAAUCAUAUUUGACGCUUGUUGGAAUACACUCCUGCGGCAGCAGAACUCUCUGGAGAUCUUGGUCAAGGUGUGCGCCUUGACUGUUCAACCAUAGAGGCUUCACCGCUGAGCCCAACCCUGUGGUCACUGGAUAUCGAUGAAGUAGGAGUCCUGACUGUUACUCCCUCCCCACUUCUCUCCCCCACAAACCUGGGCUGCACUGAGGUCAGUUGUUGUAUCUUGACCCCAGUGUGGGAUGAAUUCAGAGCAACUGUGUCAUUUGAUAAUAUUUGAAGACUGAGAUAUCGAUACAGAAUGUUUGGGAAAAAAGGUCUACUUCAAAAACUGACCCCAUGUGUACCUGAAUUAUUAUUCAUCUCCUGUCAUAAUAUUGCCAUCCAAGUCUGUGGUUUUGCAAUUAGGCAACUACGUUGAGGGCCCAAUUUGAAACAGGAAGCCUCUCUCCACACACACAGGAUGCUGCAACAAGUCAGCCUUGCUUGGUGCAGGACCUGUGACAACAGAAUCACUUCCCAGUAAAUGCACAGCUAAUGAGAAGCUGCAAUCAGAAGGAGAGCUUUUGGUGCUUUUAAGAUCAGGAACAGACAAUUAGACAUUACUGACCUGCCCCUUUAUCAGGAUCAACUCCACCUACCCACCUUCUCCCUAUAUCCCUCACCCCCAC